UAUCAUGAAAUAUAAAACACAUCAAGUCACAAAAUUAAUGAUUUUGAUUCGACAAGUAAUAACUCAUGAAGUGAAAACCCUUGAAAGUAUCACACUUUUGGAAUUUUAUGCUCUCUUUCAAUAGUAACACAAGCGCUUUCCUGAUUUAGGAUUCUGUCUCAAAUGGGAGGAAGAGAAGAAGAAGGAUGCAGAUCCUGGGAGGAAGACGUUUACUGGACCCAUUUUCAAUUCAUCCAUUUCACCCAAUUUCUCCGCAAUGAUUUUGAUCAACAACUUGCACUUCCCAAAACAUUUUCAGACAAUAUAAAGAAGAAGUUGCCAGAAAGUGUGACCCUAAAAGGUCCUGGUGGAGCGCUGUGGAAUAUAGAGCUGACAACUAGAGACGGUACUUUGUACUUCACGAACGGUUGGCAACAAUUUGUAAAAGAACACUCUUUGAAAGAAAAUGAUUUUCUUGUCUUUAAGUACAACGGUGAAUCGUUGUUUGAGGUUUUAAUCUUUGAUGGCGAGAGUUUCUGUGAGAAGGCAGCUUGUUAUUUUGUUCGAAAAUGUCGGCAUGCCGCUCCUACUGAACAUGGGGGUGGAUGUUCUAGCAAGAAAAGGGACUCAGAUAAUUCUGUUGAAGAAGUCAAUACUCCUUCUAAUGGUGUUGAUGAAGGUGUUUCACCUGAGAAACCUUCGCAUCUUGACAAAAUCCGAGUGCCAUUUGCCGUACCUAUCGAAAUUACUAACGGAAAGACUUCGAAUGCUGGUGUUGAAUCUGCCUCCGCUGAGCAAUUCAUGUCUGAUGCAGUAGUCAAUGAUACUGAGCCAAUAACUGUUCCCUCCCAAACAACUGGUAAACGGACAAGGAAGCCUGUUUAUGCCGACACGUCUGUCCCGAGUAAGAGGAGAGGAAGACCACCAAAAUCAGCUAUUUCUCACGAGAGAACUCUUGAAUGGGUGUCUGAUGCUGAACUUUCUCCCAAGGUUUCUCCAAAGGCCUCUCCAAAGGUUAGAUCAGCGACACAGGAACUAUAUACUUCAAAUAGAAGGCCUGUCACACAAGAUGAGAUCGAAAACACUCUUCGGUUGGCCCAGGAAACAUGUAUUGAAGACACCUUGCUUGUAACUAUGCGACCUUCGCAUGUAUACAAGAGAUUCUUCGUGUCAUUCCCUAAUAAGUGGAUACUAAACCAUCUUUCUCCGUCAUCUCAAGAUGUGAUAUUACGGAUGGGUACGGGUGAAUGGGUUGGGAAAUACUGCUUUCACAAUAUUCGUAACAAUGGAGGACUUUCCGGUGGGUGGAAACAUUUUGCGCUCGAAAAUAACCUCGAAGAGUUUGAUGUGUGUUUGUUUAAGCCCGCUGGUUAUAUGCAAAACACAUUGAUCUUAGAAAUGACCAUUUUUAGAGUUGUUGAGGAGAUUACUCCUCUUACUGCGGUGAAUUCUUCGGGAAAGAAGAGAUCAAUUAAGAAAACACCUUCCGGAGAACCACAACUAAAAAGGAGGGGAGUUAUGAUAACCCCAAUCAAAGCUAUCCAAACAGAACUUGACUCCCUUGAAGGUGCGUAAUUGUGUCGGCCGAGGAAAGUUUCAUCGUCAGAAUUAUGCAAUAGUAUAUGUUUAACAGUUGUGUUAGAGCUUCAGACUAAGCUAUGUAAUAUCAAAUGUGCUUGUAUUUUGGAUGUUAUGUUGGAUUGUUUAACUUAUUCAAUCUUCUGCUUCUACCUAUGUAAUUCUCACAUAUGUAAACUUUCUAUUGCAACAGCUAGACUUGUUAAUGCUCAAGUUUGAAUUUAUCUA